GCAUUUUCGUAAAUACCGCCCGGUCAGACGUCGUAGGUAUCGACGGACCACGCGUCGUAGCUAUCUCCGAAAACGUAUUUGACCGACAUAUCUUGUUGAUAGUCGGUGAUUGGUCAUGCUCGUUAGCCAUGCGUUUAUUGAACUCGCGGUCAUCGAGACAUAACCUGGUGUCAUUCGAUUUUAUAUCGAAUUUGACAAAAGGAUUCCCGUGUUGCGUGGAUGUGCGCUUGAUUUUCCCCAUCCCUUCUAAAUCGGCUAAGUUCGGUUUUAGCUUUUUCCGUUGUAUCUCCGGUGCGGGAUGUUGUUGCAUUUGAACCAUGGAGAUAAAGGAAAGAGUAUAGAGCCGCGAAAUUGAAGCCGAAGUGGGGAAGAGGGGUAAGCCUUCAGCCAUCUUGUUCCGCGAAAUUAGUGCUGCUAUCUAAUGCAGAGCAGAGCUAUUUGCUACUUAAUAUAGUGUGAAGGAGUGCUAAGUAAAAUUAACUAAGAAGAAGAAGAAUACGAUAUACAAGUAAAUUAAGUGCAUAAGAAAAUGCCAUCGUGUAUUUUGAAAACUUGUUAUAACAGAACCUUCCGAAAAUCACAUAAACAAGAAGAACUCGAAAAAAAGCAGAAGAUAACUUUUCACACGUUUCCAAAAAAUACGUACAGACGAAAGCAUUGGUGUGAAAUAUUACAGUUGCCUGAGAAUUCUAUAAAAUCAAAUUCAGUAAUAUGCUCAAUGCAUUUUCAUGAAGAAAGUUUCGAUAAAUCGUCACGACGCUAUAUUAGAUUAAAAGCUGAUACCAACCCAUAUUUACCUUCACAAGCAUUAUCAAUGCAGAGGAAAUCUCCAAUAAAAUGUAUAGAGCAAAUAUAUACAAAAAAAUGUACAGUUACUUCAGAAAAGUUAUUGUCUAACAAUGAAGAUCACAUAAGAGGAAUUCUAAACUUGCAAGCAGACAAUAUAUCUACUGAACAAAUGGAUGCAGCACAAAAUAUUGAUGUUUUUAAUAUGGAAAUGCUCAUAUGUGAAGAAACAGUUAAUAAAAAAAGAAGAAGCAAUAAUGUCAUUGCUCCUGAUACGCAUCUUAAACAAGAAAUUGCACAAUCAUCUCCAAAAAUAUCAAGAGUGUCAAUACUUCAGUGUCUCCAUGGAAAAUUUAUAAUUCACCCAACAAAAAACAGUUAAGAGAAGAAUUAAGAAGAACGAAAGAACAGUACAAUCUGCGGAUAAAAACUCUAACACAAAAAACAAGACGCAUGAAAAAAAAGAUAGUGUCACUGGAAAAUAUAUUAGAAGCUAUAAAACAAAAAAAUUUCUUAGAAGAAGAGCAACUGUACAAUUUGAAAGGUAUUAGCAUUGGGAAUGCACAUUUAUUAAAACGUGUAGUGUAUAAGUCAAAAGGAAAAUCACUAAGUCAAAAGUAUUCGCCUGAAUUGCAUACAUUUGCUCUGACAUUACACUAUUAUUCACCUCGAGCAUAUUCCUUUGUUAGAGAAACUUUCAACUCGUGUCUGCCACAUCCAAAAACAUUGUAUAAAUGGCAUUGUUCUGUUAAUGGGGAACCAGGCUUUAAUAAAGAAGCUUUAGCAUUUAUCAAAGAACGAGUGAGCAAAACAGAUCGCUCGUUAUUUAGUGCUUUAAUAAUGGAUGAAAUGGCAAUACGAUAACAAAUAGAGUUUGAUGGUCAAAAAUUUUGUGGAAAAUGUGAUAUGGGAGAUAAUAUUGCUAGUGAGGAGCACAGUAUUGCAAAGGAGGCAUUAGUAUUUUUAGUUGUAGGUGUAAACGAAAUGUGGAAGAUACCAGUAGGAUAUUUUUUAAUUAACAGUAUAACUGGAGAACAAAAGGCAAAUUUAGUUAUGCAAUGUUUAUCACUUUUACAUAAUGCCGGAAUAUGCAUAAAAUCAUUAACAUGUGACGGCGCUGCAAAUAAUUUGAGCAUGAUACGUCUUUUAAAGUGCAAUAUUACUAAUCCUAAGUGCAUGCAAGGAUAUUUUGAGCAUCCAAGUUCAAGCUAUAAAGUCCACAUAUUCUUAGAUGCAUGUCAUAUGUUAAAAUUAUUGAGGAAUACUUUGGGUGAUUAUAAAUGU